GUCGUCCUGCGGCUGAAGCUCACACACCAGAAACAGGUUAACACCGGCGAUGGCACAUUUGUUUUCUUUUGGUCUGUGUUUGACUGUGCCAAGUUGUGUCCUAAUGUUAUUCAUAAAAAAAAAAAAUGCCGGCUUCCUGACCUCCUGUGUAAUGAAGUGCCAUUAUCCCUUGUGACUGUGAAGAACAUUCCGGCUAACGCGCAUGUGCUUCCCCUCCUCGGCCUGCAGCCGGUAUCUUGCUCUUAGAUCGACAGCGCUGUCCGCUGGGCCCGGCCGAGUGUGUCACAUCCUGUGUAAACAGCCCACCCUCACCAUCUGCACCCCCUCGAAUGAGGGCUCUCUGAUCGGAUGCUGCUUUCCAGCGUCCUAUGUGACCCACGCUUUGUAUUCUUUGCACACGUUUUUUGUUCACCCCAGCAAGAACUGGCCUGGUUCCUAACGAGCCCUCACUGCUGUACCCGUCCCAUAACAGCCCGAUUUGCCACAAAUUUUUCACGACUCUCCGAUCCUUGACAGGAUUCUUCAGACCCUGGACAUGAAGGACCUUUUUCAUUUUGCAAGCAGUGACCUCCUCUCUUGCAAAGUAUUCCUUUGCUAUAAAAGAAAGGCCACCUAUGAUAUUACUGCUGCUUGCAGCCGGAGCCGGUAGCGAGGGAACUGGAAGGAUGGGGGCUUCUUUGCAGUCUCUCCACCCUGGACAGCAUCCACAUACACCAGCAGGGUCUUGGAGGGGGAAACAGUGUUGCCCAGGGCGUCUAGUUCAUGCCUGACAAAAAGGAUGUUUGAGUUUCUACUUAAGAGAUGUAGUGGGAAAAAAGAAUUAUAACGUUUUUGGCUCUUUUAGUGUUUAGUUAUUAUUUAUGCCCCUCUCUUAGUUUCUCGAUCUGCAGAUGUAUUUUAUUUUUUUGGUUGGGUGAAUGGUUGAGUGUCUCAGAAUGCAGAUUCACUGCUGCUUGCAGCCUGCAUCAUAGCGGCGCAGGGAUGGCGUUCACACUCGGUUUGGGAUUGAAGCCGGCUCGGAUGCCACCCCGCCGAAGAGACGGGCAGCAGUACCUCCCCAUAACAGGAAAUGCCAAAAGGCAAAGGGCUCUGUGGACCUUGACGCUUAUACGCCCCCAUGUGGGGGACAUUUCCACCUGGCCUUCCUACUCCAGAGCAGCCUUUCUGCUCUGUUCUCAUGUAGCGCCUCACUACAUCAUCCUCGGUACUGUCCAGAAGUAAUUUCUCUGAUUCUGAUUUACACCCCAACCCUUCCCCAUCACAUUAUGGAAAACAUGGAGGUAAACAGCACCCCCUCCCCCCAAGAUCAAUGUGCCAAAUCCAGAGAAUUCAGGAAUUCCACUGGCAUCUCCGAGUAUUUAUUUAUUUCUAUGUGUGUGUGCUUGCGUGUGACAGGCGAUUUUUUUUUUUCCCCCAUCGGUUUGCAUUUAUUCUAAACCUUUUCUCAUUAUGCCGCAAGCAGAGUUUGCGCUGCGCGCUUAAUGCACGGCUCCUCAUAAUCCUGUUCCCAGGCACCCGUGUCUGCCGGAGUCGUUUGCCGGCAUUAUUAAUGCCUCGCAUUAACUCACCGCUUGUAUGUUGUGAUGUAGAAUCUGUUUUUAAUGGGGUGUGGGUUUCAAUCACAAGGAUUGUGCUCAGGCGCGCAUCUGAAGUUUCUCAAAAGCAAUUAUUUAUACAUCAAAGCAGAUCUCUAAUAUUGUGUUAUUACUUUGCUUUACUUAACUUUGUAAACUUACUUGAUAUUAUAUAGAGCUAAAGUUUGAUGUAACCAUGUUUUCGGCUCAGUUGAAGUUUGCUGGAUGUGGUGUUUAUGCCGUCUUACAGCGGUGCCACAGUGUAUACAGUCCAGCUUGUGCUGCUGGGGUUUAACCUGGAUCUACCAGUUUUCCUGAAAGUAGGGCCUGAGUGAACUGGAAUCACAGAAUUCUGCGUAGCGCGUGAGUUUGUGCCUCGUGAUGGACUGGAAUAACGGAAUUCCACAUAGCACAUCCCCGCACUACGCCUGCCCAGAGGUCAUCAGGGGGGAGAAGUACGACGGCAGGAAAGCAGAUGUGUGGAGCUGCGGCGUCAUCCUCUUCGCACUCUUAGUGGGCGCCCUGCCGUUCGACGACGACAACUUGAGGAACCUGCUGGAGAAGGUGAAGCUGGGCGUUUUCCACAUGCCACACUUCAUCCCGCCGGACUGUCAGAACCUGCUCAGAGGCAUGAUCGAGGUGGACGCCACCAAGCGGCUAACGUUAGAACAGAUCCAGAAGCAUACGUGGUACAUAGGGGGCAAGAAUGAGCCAGAGCCAGAGCAGCCCAUUCCUCGGAAGGUCGCCAUCCGCACGCUGCCCUCAGCCGAAGACAUCGACCCCGAUGUGCUGGAGAGCAUGCACUCGUUGGGCUGCUUCCGGGACAAGAACAAGCUGAUGAAGGAUCUGCUUUCAGAAGAUGACAACCAGGAGAAGAUGAUCUACUUUCUCCUUCUGGAUCGUAAGGAGAGGUACCCCAGCCACGAGGACCAAAACCUACCCCCACGCAAUGAAAUAGACCCCCCCAGGAAGCGCGUGGACUCGCCCAUGCUGAACCGGCACGGCAAGAGGAGACCGGAGCGCAAGUCCAUGGAGGUGCUCAGCGUGACGGACGGCGGGUCACCGGUGCCGGCGAGGCGGGCCAUUGACAUGGCACAGCACGGGCAGAGUAAGGCCGUGUUCAGUAAAAGCUUGGAUAUCACUGAUGCCAAUUCCACACACAACAAAGACGAAAGGUCGCGGUCCAUCAGUGGAGCCUCCUCGGGCCUCUCCACCAGCCCCCUCACCAGUCCCCGGGUGACCCCUCACCCCUCCCCUCGGGGAAGCCCUCUCCCCACUCCCAAAGGGACGCCAGUGCACACUCCAAAGGAGAGUCCAGCCGGCACCCCCAGUCCCACACCUCCCCCCAGCCCCUCCAUCGGUGGGAUGCCCUGGAGAACUCGCCUCAACUCCAUCAAAAACAGCUUCCUGGGAUCGCCACGCUUCCACCGCAGAAAACUGCAAGUUCCCACACAAGAGGAGAUGUCCAGCCUCACACCAGAGUCUUCCCCAGAACUUGCCAAAAAAUCCUGGUUUGGUAACUUUAUCAACUUGGAGAAGGAGGAGCAGAUCUUCGUGGUCAUCAAGGACAAGCCGCUGAGCUCCAUCAAAGCCGACAUCGUGCACGCCUUUCUCUCAAUCCCUAGCCUGAGCCACAGUGUGAUCUCGCAGACGAGUUUCCGGGCUGAGUACAAGUCCACCGCCGGGCCCACCGUGUUUCAGAAACCCGUGAAGUUCCAGGUGGACAUCACCUACACCGAGGGCAGUGGGGCGCAGAAGGAGAACGGCAUUUACUCGGUCACUUUCACACUUCUUUCAGGGCCCAGCCGGCGUUUCAAGCGGGUGGUGGAGACAAUCCAGGCACAGCUGUUGAGCACACAUGACCAGCCGGGAGUCCAGCAGCUCUCUGACACUUCCUCUCACUGUUCGGAACUGCUGACGGGGAAGUUCUCCAAGUGUGGCAGCCCAUUGAGUAACUUCUUUGACGUAAUUAAACAACUUUUUUCAGACGAGAAGAACGGUCAGGUGUCCCACCCACCGGGCACGCCCACCAAGCACGGCGCCAGCGGCGGGAGGCGCGACGGCGAGCCUAAUGACUAUGGCUCUAGAGGAGACUCAAAGUGUCCCGCUGGCAAAGAGAAAGCAAAGAUGGUGGCACCCUUUGGGACACAGGAGCAGCCCUAAAAAAAGCCGUAGCAGAUUAAAAUAGUAUAAAAUCCGCGCGAAUCAAAUGGCGCCGCGUGGAAAGCUAGUGACUCACACUUCUGCUGUAAAUAAAAUUGGAAACUAUCCGUAGAUGGUAUAACUUUUAUAUUAUGGAAUGACUGUAAAUAGAUACAAAGCAAAUAUUUUAAAAUUAGCACUUGUAAAAAAAAAAACGGCUGCCCCAUUCCACUUCCCUCCCCUCGACAGGAAUAACCCCAAUGUUUUUAGCUAUUGUUCUGUCCUUCUUUUUAUUAAUUUUUUGUCUCUUCCCCUGCUCACCUGUGUGAUGACCUGACUUAUUUCUGCUGCUAGGAAUUAUCCAGAAAACGUAUUAAAGCCAGCCUCCUGCUCCUCCUGCCCCCGUGCCGUGCAGCGCGAGAUGGCCAUUUGUUGACGGAGGGCGCUUUGCGAAGCCGGUGUGCGAGUUACCGAGGAAACGGACCCCCCUCUCGUCUUCACACACACACCAAAUCCAUCACCCCAACCACCCUCCUACCAGUCUCCGGCAGAGCUUCGUAAAAAUGACCGCUCUCACAUCGCCGACCUCCUCGCGUCUCUACCUAAAAGAAGAUAGAUGGAGGCGGAGGAGACAGGUGAAGCGACGACACGUGCCCAUCCCGCGCUGUCCCUCUCCCGCACGCGCACAGACAAACCCGCACGCACGCACGCACGCGAGAACUCCGGGGGUAUAUAAGAACAAUAGGAAAAGGAGGCAGAAGAAGAUGGAGCACCGGGCUGUCAAAGGCGGACUUACAGGACUGUUUUCUUUUUAACGUACACUUUUUGUGCGAAUAACCGGGUUUAAACUGGCAACACCCUUGAUGAAAAAAAAGACUGUACACCCCUUUUCAGAAGCGGAAGGGUGUCUGGGAAAGAAUCGGGUGUGGGAGAGUUGAGGGAAUUGAACAAAUGAAUGAUCUAUUCUGUUGUACAGGCUGAAUAUGUUUCUUAUGUAAAAAUGUCUAGUUGUGACACUGUUUAGCUAUAGGGUCAGAUUCGAGAAUUGUGUUGCCACAAUCCCCCCUCGCCCCUUUAUUUUGGUAUUUUGCUGUUAUUCACUUAUUCGCUAUUCGUUCAGGUUCGUUAUCCCUACUCGCUGUUACCUCCACCCACCUCCGGUUUCUAUGUGAAAGUCUCUGGCCUGACCGUUACGCUGUCAGACAGGGAGGGAAAUAUAUUGGCUGAUCAUAUUGGAUCUUUAUGAUUUAUUUAUUCUCUUUAUUUGUGUCUUAAUUUAUUAAGUGUUGGCUAUAUAUAUAUAUAUAUAUAUAUAUAUAUAUAAAUAAAUGUUAGCCAAGAUUAUAUGUUAUUUAUUUACUUCCUGGUGUCUUUUAAAAGAGGCAACACAGUUUGAUUCAUAUGAAGAGACAAAGUUCUUUUUCCUUUAAUUUUGUCCUAAUUUAUUGGAACAAUGUGAACAAAGGAUAUUUCUUUCUUUCCUAAAAUGCGAGGAAAAAAAGAUAUUGUAGUAUAUGUUUAAAAAAAAUAAUAAUUUACCAGUAAUUUAAGAAUGUAGACUAGCCUCUUUCUGAGGAAAUUAUCUUCUAUUGAUAUUUGUCAGUUUCAUAUCAUUGUGUGUGUUCGACAGAUUAAGGGAAAAAAGACUUGAACCGCUUUUCUUGUAAAUAGAUGAAUUUGGGCAAUGAAGUUCUUAAGGGGGAUUCCUGCUCUGGGAUUUUAUCUCGUAUUACUGUGUGCAUGUCCGAUACAACUUUUCUUUGCAUGCUGUUUCUGUAAAUGUUCCAUAAAACCGUCACUUUGCCGUAAUCGCUUUUCUCUCUCACUUUAUUUAAAAAUAAUCUUCGCUUUCUCUCCCCCCCCACACACUUUUUAUAAGUUAUUUUUUCCGUCUCUCUCUGCCCCCACCCCCUUCUGCACAUACUGAUCAAUGCUUCCUCUACACUGUAAAAAAAAUCUAUAUUAAAAAGGCAGAUUCUCCCACCUACACAAACCCAAGUGCAAGAAGCGGAAAGGGGAUUUUCAUCUUGAAAAUAUUCUAAUAAAGCAAUACCUGUUGUUAUCCUCUUUAUUUUGUACUUUGAGAUGAAAGGUACACAGGAUAAAGACCUUUGCUGGUCGUUACUGAGCAGGAGCAUACUCCAGAUGUAUCCCCUUGUAACAACUGUGAACAACUGCAGUGGAAAAAACAAUAAUAAAACUCGUUCAGUUACAA